AUGUGUUCUAUUCCUGGACUUCCAACGCCAGGGUCAGAAGUACCUGUUCUCAUCACGAGGGUAAACCUAAACCCCAGUUGUGGUCUUGUGGAAUUAUGGGUUAACAUGGAUGCUGAAAGGAAGCAUGUUUAUCAGCAGAUGAGAGAGGAAAUUCAAAGUCCUAAAAGGGUGUUUUGUGGAUCAGAAGGAAAACCAGGGGACCUUUGUCUGGUUUGCAUCAGUGACACCUGGCACAGAGCCCGGAUUGUAUCAGUUCAAAGUGAAACCUACAAUGUUUUUCUAAUUGACCGGGGACAGCCCCAUGUCACCACUAGCGACGCUUUAGCAUGGGCCCACAGUGACAGUUUUCUCCUUCCUCCUGAAAUUGAAUCUUGUAUACUUGCAAAUGUCCUUUCCCUUGAGAAUAACUGGCCAGAAAAAGCCACAAAGUUUUUUAAGUCUCUGCCAGGCACACAGUUUAAGGGACUGAUUCAGCAUGUCCUGAUGCCAGACAGGACAAUUCUCCUGGACAUACCCUUUGUUUCGAGGCACAUCUGUAAGUUUGGAAUUGCAAAGAAGAUCCCAGGUGAUGAGUUUAAAUGCCUUGUACUGAAAUGUCUACAUUUACCCAAAGGAGAGGCUUCUGAGGUCUGCCAUACAACACUGGAACAGAGUUUGAAUGUUAGCUGCCAACUUGAGAAGCAUGAGCGAUAUUUUUACCCAGAACUGUUAACUGACAUGUUUGAAACUGUCAACGUGACAGAGGUAACUGAUCCAGAGAACAUUUUUUGCCAGCUCCUAAUUUUUUCCAAAGCAUUGAAAGUAUUAUCAGAACAGAUCCACCAGCACUAUGAAGGGAGUUCAGACUUUGGAGAGGUGCAGCCACAGACCUGUGGGGAUCCUUGUGCUGCUAAAGGCAUAAACGGCAGAUGGCAGCGUUCAUUACUGAAGCAAAACAUUGCGACCGGCGAUGGUGCUGUAGAAGUCUUUUAUGUGGAUGAAGGAAAAACUGAGUUAGUCCCAGUUAGAGAUAUCAGACCACUGCAUGGAAAAUUCCUGAGAAUGCCAGUUGUCACAUAUCUCUGUUCUCUUGAUGGACUAACAUGUAGUGGCACAGGGUGGACUACAGAGCAGACUGAUCACUUAAAGUCGCUGCUUCUCAACCCGACAGUCGUGGCCAGGUUUGACCGCCACAGUACAACUCAGGGUGUCUAUUAUGUGACGCUCUAUGCAGCUAAUGCUGCAUGCAUAAACAGUUGUUUUUUAGAGAAGGCCGGACUUCCUCCGCUCUGUGAGGCUGAACACGAACCAAAUGUGCAAAAUGAAUCCGUUCUGUCAUCAUCUCUCAGUUCACUUGAAGACCAAAGAGGCAUGGAUUCACACAACAAAGUGAAUGUAAAUGAUUUACAAGAGCAAACUUUGCCAAGCUCCAAAAACCUAGAAGUCAGUGGCAGGACAGAUGAUGUACCAGCUUCUGGUGCUGAUGACAUUCCCACAAAAGGGCACUCAGAACAUCCAGACCCUCUAACACACAACAGUGGACAUCGUUCAACAGGUUUCCCCUCUGAGAUGCACAGUGAUUGUGGUAAUGAUGUGUUUACUGUAGGAAGUAGUAUCAAUGUAAAAGUAACCUGCAUCGAAAGUCUACAGAAGUUCUGGUGUCAAUCAACAGAAAAUGGUGACUCUCUUAGACUUCUUAUGCAAGACUUGCAAAACCACUAUGCAUCCACCCACCCUCAGACCUUUACUGAGUCCAUCUGUGUUGCCCGUAAUCCAGACAAUGACAUGUGGUACAGAGCAAGGAUCAUUGCAAAUCACCACUCACCUGUUGUAGAUGUGAGGUUUAUAGACUUUGGUCAAACUCGAAAGAUCCCUCUGCAAGAUCUGCGCCCCAUUGAUCCGGCUUUCUUACAGCUGAACGCACAGGCCUUUCAGUGUUGCUUAUUCAGUCUGAAGGAUCCCACUAAUCCCACUGCUGCCACUUGGACCGACGCUGCAUUAGCAGAGUUUCGUAAGUUUGUGGGUUCAGGUGCUACGCCAGACCCUGGGUUGAAAUGCAUUGUAAAAGCUAUAACAUCUGAUGGAGGAGGUCUGCCACUUAACGUGGUAGAUAUUGAAACACCAUCUGACAGCGCAAGCAGGCUUCUGGCUGAGAAAUGUGCCCAGGCUGAAGCUCACGUGCAUAUUCCUGCUCAGGUCCCAUCAGAUGCAUACAAUUACUCCACUUACAACAUUGAGGUGGGCGGCGAAGAAAAAGUGUGGGUCACCUCUUCAGAGAAUGUUAGUCACUUCUACUGCCAACUGGACAGGAAUUCUCAUUUGUUUGGCAAAGUGAUGAAAAAUGUGAAACAACUAAUUGGCCAGUCACAGUUCACAGAUCGCCCACUUGGAAUUAAUAGCAUUUGCUUUGCUAGGUACACCGAUAAUCAGUGGUACAGAGGUCAAAUUUUAGACAUGUCUCCAAAUCUUAAAGUGAAUUUUGUGGACUAUGGUGAUACGCUUGCAGUGAAGGAAUCUGAUGUUCGUCCCAUUCCCACUGAUGGAGGUUUUGCCAGGUCUGUUCCUGUGCAGGCCGUUCCACUCGGACUGUUUGAUGUCCCAGAAGAAGUGCCGCAGGACGUUAACCAGUGGUUUGCGGAUAAAGCCAUUGGCCAUUGUUUGACCAUUUCAGUGGUAGCAAGAGGACCAAAAGGGAAGCUAAUUGUUGAGCUGUUUGAUGGAUCCCUGAAUGUAAAUGAGAAAGUCAGAGAGAGGAUAUCAAAGAUGGCACAACAAAAGAUGACUGGUGUCACUCAGCAGAUUGGCCAGCAGCCAUCCAACAGUUCAGAACAGGCUGGUGCAACUCAAGAGCUCAGAAAUGUGUCAGCAUUAACAAAGAUAACAGAGCAAAAUAAAGUCCAAAGCAGCAAUGGAAUGUGCUCUGGAGAUGAGCUAAAGAUGAGUUUACAAUCUGUAACUAAUGUCUCUGCACCAGAGAUUAAACAUGGAAAGUCUUUGGAUGAAGGAAAACAACCAACUUCAGAUGUCAUUCUUAAGAACAAAGAAACUGUGCUGGCAGCGACUUUCAUACAGGGUGGUCACAGUGACUCGGAAAUAACACAACUUUCCUUUCAAUCUUGCCCUGAGGGAAGCGUGAACAUCUGCAUGUACAAGAGGCCAAACGUUUCUCAAAACAAGACGGAGGAGGUAUACGCCUCCUGCAUUGUUGGACCACAUUACUUUUGGUGUCAAUACGCCAACACUGAAGACCUGAACACGGUGUCAGUGCUUGCUCAGGAGGCAGGACAGGCACAGCAGGACAGGACCUUCUCAGAGACUCUUGGUCCUGGUAGUCCGUGUCUUGCUCUCUUUUCCAGUGACAACAAGUGGUACAGAGCGCAAGUAAUUCAAAGAACCGGCAAUGCUGUCAGUGUUCUGUUUGUUGACUAUGGAAACGAAUCUGAUGUUGACAUCAAGGAUGUGAGACCACUGCCUCAGAGUCUGCUAGACAAGGCUCCUCAGGCCUUUUUGUGCUCUUUGAAGGGAUUUGAUGAGUCCAAGGGCUCCUGGGAUGACCAAGUUUACGAUGAUUUCUACAGUCUCUUGGUUGAUAAACCACUCAGAGUGACAGUGUUUAAUAUGGAGAACCAUUCAGAGAUGGCAGUUCCUCAAUAUACAGUAAAAAUUGAGUGUGAGAACAUGGAUAUUCAUAUCCUGAUACAGAAACACUGGAACCCAUUUUCCAUAGAGCAUGUUAAGACUGAAAUGGCUCAAACAGAAACAGAGUCGAACAUGACACAACUCAGUGUUUCCCCUGGAAAUGGGAAUACUUGUGAAUACAAGAAGCCAAACAUUUCCAAAAAUGAAACGGUGGAUGUAUACGCCUCCUGUAUUGCGGAACCGCAUUUCUUCUGGUGUCAAUACGCCAACUCUGAGGAUCUCAGCAAAUUGUCAAUGCUUGCUCAAGAAGCAGGACAGGCACAGCAAGACAUGAUGUUCCCAGAGACUCUUGGUCCUGGAAGUCCAUGCCUUGCACUUUUUUCCAGUGACAAUCAGUGGUAUCGAGCUCAGGUAGUUCAGCAAACUGAUAAUACUCUUCGAGUUAUAUUCAUUGACUAUGGAAAUGAGUCUGAUGUUGACAGCAAGAAUGUGAGAUCACUGCCUCAGAGUCUGCUGGAGAUGGCUCCUCAGGCCUUUUUGUGCUCUUUGAAUGGAUUUAAUCUGUCAAAAGGCAACUGGGAUGACCAAGUUUACGAGGACUUCUACAAUCUCCUGGUUGAUAAGCCACUCAGAGUCACAGUUUUCAGCAUGGAGGAUCAUUCAGAGAUUGCAGUUCCUCAGUAUGCGGUGGAAGUUGAGUGCAAGGGAGUGGUUGUGAAUAUGCUGAUGGAAAAAUAUUGGAAAGAACUGGACAAAGAUCAUGCUGCAGCAGAGAGUUUGGAAUCAGUGGACCAGGAUGAAACUAGGACCACAUAUGAGAUUGCUGGGGUGUAAAAUAAUGGAAAAGCCAUC